AUGCGUGCAAAAAGGACAAAAAAAGGUUCUUCUUCUUCCUCCUCCAGCCCCCCUUGCUACAGUCGCCUUCGUCGGUUGUCUCUCAAUGCCAGCCUUUCGUCGCUCACCUCCUUUUCCGAUACACCCGCCGCUCGACCCGACGCAGGUCGUCUGUCUCAGCCGCGUUGUCUGCUUCCAUUCCACGCGAGGCCUAGCCACGCCGUCUGCUAUUUCUUUUCCGCGUCGCAGGCUUCCGUUCUGCACCGAGCUUCUUUUCGCGUUGUUGUUCGUCCGCCGUUUGUCGUCAACGCUGAUAGCGGUCGGUUCGCAACAGUCCAGCCGAGAUGUCUAUUGGGGGAACGUAUGUCAAUAAAGGAAGUCUUCGAGCGGAGUAGGGUCUUGUUUUGGACACUGAGUUAUCUUGAGAUAUGGGCGCAUGAUACUAUGUCGUCUUUAGUUGGACGUGUCGCCAAUUGGUUGAGCGAAAAUGCCUCACCACAUAUUUAUCAAUGGUCUUGCUCACACUUUCCCUCCCAUGCUGUGAUUAAGGGCAAUUAUCACGUCGAAGCUUGUGGUAACCAACGAGGAGAUGGAGUCCAUGAAUCACAUUACGUUGCCACCGGAAGCAUCGAUUUUACCACCGCCACGGAACCCUCAUUACCACCAAUGCCACCUGUCCCACCCAUUGGAGUCGAGACUUCGACAACUCAAGCUCCAGAUAACGUUAAUGCAAAUGAGGAUGAAGAAAGAAGGAAUAGGAGGAGGAAGAAUAAGAAGAGCAUGAAGAAAAUGUUUAAAAAAUUUAUGAAAGAAGUUGGAAAGCGCUUUGAUGCCCUUGAUCAGCAUGUUGAGAGACUCGAGAAGAACUUUAAAGCGAUGAAAAAAUAUAUGCGCCGAAUGUCUAAGGAUAAAUUUGUGGAUAAGGAAAUUGCUUCCAUAAGAAGGAUGAUGCUUAUGAAGGUGUGAGUGAGCACAAAGGAUAUCCGAUCUGAGUCUGAACUAGGUCAUUUCUACCAGACUUGAUGCUUGACCAAAAGAGAAAGAGGAAAACCCGGCGGGAUACCCCACCCCACUGACCCGGCAAGGCCCCGAUGUAUGCGUUAUGAAGCCCAACCAAGUUUCUUCACUCUAACUUUUUUCUUUUUAUAACCCGACAGGAUACCCGGUCCCCAUGUCAACCCCGCCUCAUCGACUUGAUAAGUACCCAGUGUAUGCAUUAUGAAGCUCGACAGGGUUUCUUCACUUCAUUUUUUUAACUUUUUUUUUUUUUUGAACUAAUUUCUUUCUUUCACUAUUCUCCAUUUAUUUUUUCCUUU